AUGAUCAGAAACCGCACUAUUUACGCAUCCAAGCAUGCUCCUGACCCUGACGACGUACAAAUGCCAUGGGCACAAAUUUCUCAAAACAAACGUGUUUCUUAUAUGCACGGCCCAACCAGUACUCCUGCUCCCUCCAACGACAUGAACGGCUGGACAUUACGCCGCUCACAAGUCUGGCGAGUUGGUAAUAGUCCCAGUAGUGUUUUUAUAGACGUCAGCACUCUGCCGGAACCACUGCUCUCAGUACCGCAACUGGCCAAGGACCAAUUCCCCGAAAAUACAGGCGUCAUUCCUCAUCGCGAGGGUGGACGUCGAGUCAUCAUUGAAAUCGGUUUCGACGAGAAAAAUGAUGCUUCAAACAGAGCACUUACCACGGGCCUCCAAUUUGACAAGCCACGUGUCCGCAUCCUCGGCACGCGUGCUAUACCAAAAAAUGGCCUCAAUAAGAAACUCCGCCUUACUCAUCUGCCACUGCUUAAUCUGACCACCCUUCUGGAAGGACUCAAGACCAGUCUCCAAGAGUUUGGACAUGUUCUUGAUGUGGGUGCUUUCCACGAGCCGACGACCAAUUUGUUCAUGGGAAAUGGAUAUGCAGUGCUGAAUUGUCAACCAGACGAAGAAACGCUUGGUGAAACCUUCGCCUCGCUCCAACAUAUCAUAGAUUGGGCCGGCGACUUUGAACAUGGCUUCUAUGCUACUUGGGCUGACAUGCCUCCGUAUUGCACCUGGUGCCAUGGCAGCGACCAUGGCCGUCAAGAUUGCACCAAAUUUCUCGCCACUCAGAAGAAAUGUUGGCCAUUUUCGCGACUCUGGGAGCCUCCAGCAGCAGGCACCGCCGAUGAAGCUGGGCAAUCGUCCGAUGGGUCACCGGCGGAUCACGAUCAACCCAAGAACGAUCAGGACAAGGCAGUCAAGGAUCAGGACCAAGUGGGGAAGGAUCAGAACCAGGUUUUGACGGAUCAGCAUAAGACGACGACGACAGCGGACGAGACGACGACAGAUUCCGUGACCGCGUCCAAUGUCAGCGACGGGCUCAACGCCGCAGGCAAUGGACCAGGAAAGGAUGAUGCGGGUGAUACAUUCAUGCAGGAUCUGCAAAGUCUAAUCAGUGCUCACCUAACCGCCUCAGAGAUCACCUCGAACGACGGAGACAGUGCUGAUUCAGCGCUCGAUGAAGACAAGGACAUGGCCUAUUAUGAGCAUCUACCAGUCGAUCAGACGACCAUGGAGUGUCUACGUAAAGCGUCCAUUCAAAAACGCGUUCGAGUACGGAUGCCAUGUCAAGCCCAAACUCUCCUCUCUACGGAUCUUGGACAACGCAUGGCAGCAUGUACCAAGAGCUACAAAACCAACAGAUCCACCAAAGGACGCCCUCGGACUGUCACAGCUAAAGGAGCCGCUGCGUUGGCCAAUGGUAUAUCUAUUGGUUAG